AGUACCUCAAUGGAGGUAAAAAGCGAAAAGCCUGAAUAUAGACCAAAACAAGAUAUAUUACUGUCAUUUAGGAAUCUGAUAUCAAAAAACAUUGCUCAAUUGUCCUCUAUUAAUUAUGCGAACCCUCAAUUAGAGUCUGCAUUACAACAAUUAUCAGAAAGGAAAUUCAAAAAUGAGAAAGAAGCCCGAGACCAAUUCCCUUUUGAAACCUUUUCAGACUUGAUUUGGACAAAUGGCUCUAUUCUGCAUGAAUUAUCUAAUUUGACAAAUCAUAUAGAAUCCAUGAAUGAAUCUUUCUCGUCAUUCUCAGGGUUAAUUGAUUCUUAUGACUCUCAAUGGAAUUCCAAAUCUAAAGCUGCCUUGGAAUUGUAUAACAAAUACCAAGCCUUCGAAGCUGAGGAGAAACGCAUUUAUGAAAAGCUUAACGGCAUAGAGUAUUUUGAGAACAACUUCUUAAUUUCAGAUGAAGAUCUAAUUCAUUUAACUUCUCAUAACGACGUUGACGAUCGCUUUUAUUCAAUCCUUGAGAAAGCACAAUCCAUUCAUGAUAACACAAACUCUCUAUUUACUCCUGUUAGUGAGUUCCUUAACUAUGAAUCUCUCGAAGGGAUUAUAAAAACCAUGUCGAAGCAUAUUGAUACUGCGUAUGGUAAGCUGUACAGGUUUGUAGAACUUGAACUCAGAAACCCUCGAGUGAUUCAAACUAUGGAAACAAAUCCAGACAUUAAACGAGCAAUAACAAAGCUCUUAUCUGAAAAUACAAUGUCCAGUAGAACGAUAAAUUUGAUAAUUCAGGUACGGCAGCAAAAUCUUCAUUCUGCGUAUGUCACUGCUUUGACUAGAGGUGAUUCACUUUCUUCCUCAAAACCAAUUGAGCUUUCAGCGCCAGAUAGUUUGCGCUUUAUUGGGGAUCUGUUGGCCUGGAUCCAUCAGACUAUUGUGAACGAAAAAGAGCUGAUAGAUUCUAUAUUUGCUAGUCGAAGACAACAAGUAAAUAGCCAUCCGAUGCCGCCUUGGGACUUACCCUCGACUGUUCAAGAACAAGCAAAUAAUCUGCUAGAUGGUAGCUUGUAUGGUAUUUGCCGUCCUUUGUUGUCGCGGGCGCAAACCUCAAUCCUCGAUUUGACUGAUACCAUACGUUUAUACAAUUUGGUCGAGCUACUUGGGUUCUAUCAUGAAGCAUUUUCAAAAAUUAUUCACGAGAAUUGUAUAGUUUUAAAGAUAUUAAAGACAACUGAAGAUUUUACUUAUCAAAGAAUGAAAACAGUUAUUGAUGAUGAGCUAUACGCUAUUUCUUCUUCUUUACCUAAAGUUACGGACGACUUGCUUCCACCGGAUUUUGUUACAAAUUUCCUUCGAAACGCAAAUUCUAUUUUUAAAAUUCGAAACGCAUCUCUCAGUGCGGCAGGAGUAGAUGAGCUGCAGUUCAUAGCAAUCUUCUCCGAUUUAUUUGAAAAAGUGUUUCAAAUUUGUUUGACUAUGGUUCCCAACCGCUUACUAAAUCACCGAGAUAUUAUAUACUUACUUAACAUUUUAGACAGCUGUCUUACUUACCUCAGGCGCUACAAUUUCCUCACCCCUAUACGAGAUAGCUUUGAAAGCUACAUAAAUACAUACGUUGAAAAGCUGGUUGAUUUGGUAUAUCAAACUUAUCUUACCGAAUCUGGUCUUUCGGAUCUCAUCAACUUGAUUAAAAACAAGGACGAUGAGGAAGAACUAAAAGCUAUCUUCUUGUCUAUCCCUUGGGACCAACAGGUCUCACGAUUUAGUUCUUUUGUUACUAUAACCAUUUCGGAAAUAAUCGCAGAUUUUCAACUUCUUGCUGCUCCAUUAAUAAUGGAAAAUGUAAUGAAAAGUACAGCUGAAAAGUUUAUACAAUCAUUCCAACAAUUCACUCAAAAGGUUCAACCUAUAGUUGGAUAUGUAUGGCCGUUGUCAAUUGAGGAAUUGAAAAUUGCCAUGAAUGUAGAUUCGACUCUCGAUUUCUAGCUAAAAAAGCAAUGACCACAAUAAAAUAGAUGAACAUAACUGUACACUAAUCUAAUUGCUAUUGAAUUUAACAUCAUUCAAAAUUUUUAGAGUCAAGAGUCAACGAUCAUGAGAUCUGAAACGACUAUUAACUUUUAACUCCAUAUUCACAAAUUGGCGGCUUUCACCUCAACUACGUACACCCAAAUUUAGGUCUUCAAAUAAAUCAAAAAAGGGAAUGAUAUGAUCAUCAUCUUUAUAAAUGGAAAAUUGGUGACAGUGUCUAAAAGACAGUAUUUUUAAUCAUAUCACAAGGACCUUCUACAAGUUGGGCUUCAUAGCCUUAUGAUAAAGACUUAGGAUUGGAACCUCCAUAUCUAGGGUUACGUCUGGGACCAUAUCCACCACGGUAACCACCGCCGUUACCGCGUCCAGAAUGACCACGGUAGUUGUUACGAUUAUGAUUGAAUUCCUGG